CCGACCACGCCCCAAAUGGCGGAACCACGAGUCCGGCUGGCUGGGAAAGACGCUUUUCCCAAAAUGGAGAGGGGAGAGAAAACGUCCAUCACAUAUUGGCCCCGCCCCCACCAGCCGCUAGGGCCAAUUAGCGGAUGGCAAGGCGGGUGCCAGAUUAGGAGAGGAGGCUGCUGUUUCCCCAGCAACAACCUGGGAGCUCGAAGGCGGGCGCAGCCUCGGAAGGGUCCGCGCCUCGGGUCUCUCGCUGCCAGGAAGAUCCUGGGAGACGCACGAGCCGAGCCUAGGAAGUCGGCGUCCGUGGAGACAGGGACAGGGGCGGCAUGGAAGCUCCUGUCAGGUGUGCGGGAGGGCCAAACGCAGGUGGACACCCCCCAAGUAGGGGACAUGGCCUACUGGUCCCACCCCAUCGACCUGCACUUCGCCACCAAAGGCCUCCAAGGCUGGCCCCGGCUCCAUCUCCAGGUGUGGUCGCAGGACAGCUUCGGCCGCUGUCAGCUUUCAGGCUAUGGCUUUUGCCAUGUGCCCAGCAGUCCAGGCACCCACCAGCUGGACUGCCCCACAUGGCGGCCCCUGGGCAGCUGGCGGGAGCAGCUGGCGCGGGCCUUCGUGGGUGGCGGGCCUCAGCUGCUACACGGGGACACCAUCUACAGCGGGGCUGACCGCUACCGCCUGCACACAGCGGCGGGCGGCAUCGUGCGCCUGGAGCUGGGGCUGCUGCUGCGCCACUUCGACCGCUACGGUGUGGAGUGCUGAUGGUGCCUCCAAGGACAGGCCGGUACCCACACCCCUGCUGACCUGCCCAGGGCCAGGAUGGCCCAGUGCCCAGAAGCGCGGGCUCUGGACACUGUGGGAUCUGACCCCAGCCAACAGCUGGCAUGGCUUCUGUCCUGGUGAGCAGCUCAGGCCCCAUGGCUGCCCCUUCAGGUCCAGUUUCCCCAUCUGUAAAAGGGGGGCAGUAAGCGUGUGGGGUCUCAGGGUGCUGGGUGAAGAAAGGCUGCUUUGCCCAUGGAAGUGCUCAAUAAAGGAGAGCAGUUCUUAA